UCUUUCCUUCUCCACGUUAACAGACUUGUUCUGCCAAACUGAGCUUAUUUGUAGUCAGUGCAGACAAAUCAUGCUUCAUACACAUUGUUAUAUAAGGGGAAGGGGGAAGGUUUAUGACAGGAUUUCAAAGACCAGAGAUAAUUAAUAAUUAAUGUACAGUACACUAAAAAAAACCAUCUGUACCCCACUAUUAAUAAAUACAAAAAACCCUAAGGCUUAACGUCAUAGUACUGGUUAUUCAUAGGAUAAUUAUACGUUGUAUAUAUAGAAAGGAAGUGAUGUGAGUGAUGAACAGUUCAUUUGUGCUCAUAGUUAACUACGUAAACAUGAUACUGAGUCCAGUUAACCACCAGGCCAGUGCCUGCUUUGAUAUUUGUACCAGAUGUGUUUGGUGGUCAGCGUUUACCAUGAUCCAGAAUAUUCUAAUUUUUGAAGAUCAAAAACUUUGAGUGUUUUUAUAAAAUAACAAAAAACUGAAAAAUGCAGAAAAGUAUAAAGAUGGUAAUCUCUGUAGGAAAUUAGUCCCCAUUAUUUAGCUGUAAAAUUAUAAUUAAAAAAAAAAAUCUUUGUUUCUAAAUCUUUGCCACUGAUUAUUUCCUGAAAAUACACUCCAGGAAGAAGCAUUUUUAAGUUAAAGCAUGUGAACUCUUAUUUCUUGCUACAGGUUCAUAUUUCUUUUUCUAGAGAGUUUGCCAAAUUAUACAACGUGCUCCUUCAUGCUCUCACCAAUCUUGGCUGUUUUGAAAGGCCAAGAAUAAUGUUUUGAUUAAACUGAAUUUUUAAAUUUCUAACGAAUUUGUCCGCUGUCAUAUUUAUUGAUCAUUUGAACAUCUUUUUAUUCUUAGCCUAUUUAUUAAAGUAUUUUUAUUGAUUUAGAAGAGCUUUUUAUUGCAAUAUUUUAACCAUUUGUCAUAUAUAUAUUGCAUAGUGUCUUUUCUUUAUGAUUUGUCUUUUGGAGGUAGCCUGUGAAUUGGUCUCCCUUUCUACAGGCUUAGUUAAUCCAUUCUGCAUUAGAAAGACUGAUGUGGCUGUAAACCCUACCUUUAUAUAUUGUGGUCAGAAGCCUGUAACAUAAAGUAUCAAGUCUUAAACCAGUGAUUCUCCAACUUUAGUGUGAAUAAGAAUCACCUUGGAGGACCUGUGUGGAUAUAAAAACGAAUGCCCUUACCCUCAUCCGUCUUGGCUAUUUGAAAGGCUAUAGUGAAAUAUUCACUGGGCAUUCAGUGGAUAUUUUAAAAAAUUAAAUCAGUCUGUUCAUCCUGUCUACCCUGUCCAUAGCCUGUGUAAUUCUGUAGACUUUGUUUAUAUAAUCUCUCAGCCUUGGUCAUUGGCCAUUAUCUAUUGAAGAGACUCUCAUCCUUUUAGUUUGUCCUCAUGGUGUUCACUCCAUGUUUUGUUACUCUAUACGUUGUUUAUGGCUUAGCAGCUCUAAUUCCAUGCAGUAUUCCAGCUAAAGAUUGUUAGUGCUAGUUUUUUCUAAUAGAAGGAUUUUGUUCUUUUACGGGAAGGACGCCCUUAAGAGUGUGGUCACGUCUAGCUUAUUGUAUUGGUGAUCUCUCCCUGACAGUUCCAAGCCAACUGAUCAGAUCUCUAACCUAGACUACCCACAGUCUUACCCAAAUAUCCUGAGUUGUUUCUCCAAUAAAUACAACUUAAAGCUGAUGCUAGGGAAAGAGAACCGGGUUUCUGUAUCUCCCCAGCCUGGAUUUGAUGCUAGCCCUAUUGGGUAGUAGUUGUAAAGAUGCUUCUAUUUCUGCCUAAACCAGCCCCCUGGGAAAAAGAAUGACAGCAUAUUCUGGGGAAAGGAAAGGGGUUGGUGAGGGCAAUCUAGUCAACAUCCGUCACUCCAUUGCUUGUUAGGCUUAUUUUAGCCGAUGUGUCUGACUGGGCAGGUGUCCCCUCUCUCCCUCAGUGCUCCAUGUGCAUCCCUCUUGAAGCUUCGCACUCUGUUGAAGAGGACACUCAUCCCAGUCAUUAUUUAGAAGCAAGGUCCUUGAAUGAGCGAGAUUAUCGGGACCGGAGAUACGUUGACGAAUACAGGAAUGACUACUGUGAAGGAUAUAUUCCUAGACAUUAUCACAGAGACAUUGAAAGCGGUUAUCGAAUCCACUGCAGUAAAUCUUCAGUCCGCAGCAGGAGAAGCAGUCCUAAAAGGAAGCGCAAUAGACACUGUUCAAGUCAUCAGUCACGUUCGAAGAGCCACCGAAGGAAAAGAUCCAGGAGUAUAGAGGAUGAUGAGGAGGGUCACCUGAUCUGUCAAAGUGGAGACGUUCUAAGAGCAAGAUAUGAAAUCGUGGACACUUUGGGUGAAGGAGCCUUUGGCAAAGUUGUAGAGUGCAUUGAUCAUGGCAUGGAUGGCAUGCAUGUAGCAGUGAAAAUCGUAAAAAAUGUAGGCCGUUACCGUGAAGCAGCUCGUUCAGAAAUCCAAGUAUUAGAGCACUUAAAUAGUACUGAUCCCAAUAGUGUCUUCCGAUGUGUCCAGAUGCUAGAAUGGUUUGAUCAUCAUGGUCAUGUUUGUAUUGUGUUUGAACUGCUGGGACUUAGUACUUACGAUUUCAUUAAAGAAAACAGCUUUCUGCCAUUUCAAAUUGACCACAUCAGGCAGAUGGCGUAUCAGAUCUGCCAGUCAAUAAAUUUUUUACAUCAUAAUAAAUUAACCCAUACAGAUCUGAAGCCUGAAAAUAUUUUGUUUGUGAAGUCUGACUAUGUAGUCAAAUAUAAUUCUAAAAUGAAGCGUGAUGAACGCACACUGAAAAACACAGAUAUCAAAGUGGUUGACUUCGGCAGUGCAACGUAUGAUGAUGAACAUCACAGUACUUUGGUGUCUACCCGGCACUACAGAGCUCCCGAGGUCAUUUUGGCUUUAGGUUGGUCUCAGCCUUGUGAUGUUUGGAGCAUAGGUUGCAUUCUUAUUGAAUAUUACCUUGGUUUCACAGUCUUUCAGACUCAUGAUAGUAAAGAGCACCUGGCAAUGAUGGAACGAAUAUUAGGACCCAUACCACAACACAUGAUUCAGAAAACAAGAAAACGCAAGUAUUUUCACCAUAACCAGCUAGAUUGGGAUGAACACAGUUCUGCUGGUAGAUAUGUUAGGAGACGCUGCAAACCAUUGAAGGAAUUUAUGCUUUGUCAUGAUGAAGAACAUGAGAAACUGUUUGACCUGGUUCGAAGAAUGUUAGAAUAUGAUCCAACUCAAAGAAUUACCUUGGAUGAAGCGUUGCAGCAUCCUUUCUUUGACUUAUUAAAAAAGAAAUGAAAUGGGAAUCAGUGGUCUUACUAUAUACUUCUCUAGAAGAGAUUACUUAAGACUGUGUCAGUCAACUAAACAUUCUAAUAUUUUUGUAAACAUUAAAUUAUUUUGUACAGUUAAGUGUAAAUAUUGUAUGUUUUGUAUCAAUAGCAUAAUUAACUUGUUAAUAAGCAAGUAUGGUCUUGAUAAUGCAUUAGAAAAAUUAAAAUUAAUUUUUCUUUUUGAAAUUACCAUUUUUAAAUACCUUUGAAAUAUCCUUUGUGUCCAGUGAUAAAUGUGAUUGAUCUUGCCUUUUGUACAUGGAGGUCACCUCUGAAGUGAUUUUUUUUGAGUAAAAGGAAAUCUUGACUACUUUA